AAUGAGCGGAUUACGUGUUUCCACGGAGUAAAACAUUAUAUUUUCGGAGCAGCAGAUAAGUAGUGAUUCCAAACACUGCUCAGGGUUCAGCAUGUUGAUGUGUCAGCGUCAGAUAUGGCGCAACUGUGCAUAACUGGUGGGAGACUUAUUGAUUUAUUACCGGUCGCAUCAAUAAGACAGUUACCUGAUCAACGAGCUGUGUUUUGAUCUGCAAAUGGCCGAUUAUCGACACUAGAAAGAUUUUCAUCUUCUGAAUGGAGACCUGCACUCACAUUUUCCAGAUCUCUGGAAUCAAGACCCAUGAAGAGAAGAGGGUUUUGAUCCAGGGAGUCCAGCAGCUGGGAGGGAAAUACAUAGGUGGCUCGGUCUAUCAGGAAGCCAGCACCCAUCUCAUAAUCCCUCAGGUUUUGUCCAGUGAAAAGUUUUUUGCGGCCUGUGCAGCAGGAAAGUGGGUUGUGACUCCAGACUACGUGUUGGAGAGUGUUAAAAAUGGUUCCUGGCUUGUGGAGAGACUCUAUGAGGUGGCCAUUUCUACAGGUGCUCCAACUGUGUUCUACCCUGCCAGACAGUGGAGGGAGAAGGUGGCCAGUGGGAGGCUAACUGGGGCCUUUCAAGGGUGGAAGGUUCUCCUCAUGGUCCAAGAGCCCUCCCGCAGAGCCAUGUUCAAACGGCUGCUAACAGCUGGAAAGGCCGAAAUCUACAACAUCCCUCCUCCCGGUGACGUCUCCAUCACUCAUGUCAUCGCUAAACCCAUCACAGAGAACUCAACAUUCUACAAUGCACCUUGUUAUCCUGUGACCCACAUUGUCCAGCACCUUUUUGGAAGCAACUGCACAGACAUGAAUUUCAACAUAACAGAUGAUCAUCCAGCAGAAGUGACGAAGGCCGACGUCGUCGAUAUUGACUUCUCUAAGUUGGAGAUGGAGCUCAAGGACUAUGUCGUUAAACAGCAGGGCCGCUCGAGACUGAGCUUCCUGGAAUUUCUGGGUUACCAUGACCCUCACUGUCCACAGUCACAGGCGACGGAAACAGACUUCAGCGAUGUCGGCACGAUGAUAGAAUGCGGUCUCUUCACUGAAGCCUUGGACUCGGUCAGGAGUGCCAUGUUCCCCGGGCUGCUGCCACCGGUGCCGCAUCUCACCUCCCUCUUAGAGUAUGCACAGCAGGAAAAUGCCACGCCUUUCUUCCAACGAAAUUUCCUGCAGGUCAUGUAUAACCUGCUCCUCACCAACCCUCCCUGGAUGGCUCCCAGCAGAAUGAAAAAAUAUUUCUCCCAGGUGUUGCAGUGUCCUCGGUGUAAGAUGGGCCUGUGGCCGUUCCUGCAGACGGCCGUCAGUUACUGUCUGUCCAGCGAGGUCACAUGUCACCCACUCCCUGCACCUGCGUCGCCAACGCUGAGACGUUUCCAUCAUGACCUCGUGGCAUUUGUCCUGAAGCUCUUCCAGGGGGAGCUGCACUCUAUCACUGCAGGUGAUUUUGUGCAGCCUCAGGGAACCGCGGUUUCUCAGGCCUCAGCGUCAGGGUCUUUGCUCUAUGGAGCCUUUUGGACUGUGUGGGAGCGUUCCACGCUGCUUUCUCAAGCUGUGAAACAACUCACCCAGCUUUUGGUACAUGCUGCCAGUGAGGAGUACGACGAGAGGGACGAGAAGCAGAGGCCGUGUUUGGCCGACACUCUGCUUGAGCUCCUGUCUGUGCUGGUGGAGUUCUGGUGUCAGCAGAACUUCAAACUGAACCAGAACCUGGUGGAAAAGGGCCUCCAAGACCUAGCAGAGCACCUAACCGUUAUCAGUCAGGAUGUGACUCCUGCAGUUGUGGUGGAGCUGGUCGUAAGGGUUUCCUCGACCAGACUGAAGGUGGUGAUGGCUGACGCCAUAUUCAGGAAUCUCUGCUGCAGAAGUGGACUCACUCUGGGAGAUGAACCUCUCUCUCUCAAGAAGAUGGUGCUGUCCUACCUGCCCGCUCUGGGAAGUUUAGCCCAGAGCCCCAGCGGCGCUCGCAUUAGCACCGGACCCACCUCCCACAGCUGCACCAGCCAGGAGACCGACUGCAGAAGCCAGAGCUCGCUGGAGAAGGAAACAAGUGUGGAGAAGGAGAACAUCCCCCGAGGUUUCAACAGAGUCAAUGCAGCAGGAGAGACCCUCCUACACAGAGCGUGCAAGAAGAACCAAGUGGAAACCGUGCUUCAGAUCCUGGCGCUUCCUGGCACGGACGUCAACAUUAAGGACUACGCAGGCUGGACGCCGCUGCAUGAAGCGUGUAAUCACGGCAGCACCGCGUGUGUGGAGGCUUUGCUGCGUUACCUCCCCGCACCUGUGCUCCAUCACCAGGUGGGAGGAGUCAGUCCACUUCACGACGCCCUGCGGAAUGGACAUGUGGACAUAGCUAAACUGCUACUGGAGCACGCAGAGCGCCCCCUUGUGCCUGCCACGUUAUCCUCACCGUCGUUAAAACUCACCGCAGACGCUGACCGUUGACCGUGGAGCCUUGUCCAUGCUGAUGCUGAUGGAACAUCGUUCAUAAAAAGCGGUCACGCAAACACCUUUACAACGAUCGCAAACAUUGAGGAACAGAGAGUUUCUCCAGGUCAGAAUUGGUUUGACAUGCGUCUUUGUUUUCCAGUUCUUGCCAUUCAGUCGUUUCCUCUUCCUCGGGUUUGGUCCACUUCUUUUUCAGCAGCUCGGCCGCGAUGAGUGUCUACGAUAAUAUGAUCUUAUAAUCGGAGGCGGGUGAGUGUCGUGCCCUAAAGCAGUUCUUGUUUCUCACGAGACCUCCUGAUUUCUGAUCUUGCGAGGCUAGUUUUCCACUAAAAGACAAUAGAUCUCCCCACAACAAGACAUUUAACCAUCACAAUAUUCCACUUUAAAAAUCAAGUUCAAACAGAUUUAUAAUCACCUGUAAUUUGUUGGAAUAAUGCAUGUCUGUAAAACACUCUUUUAAGUUCACGUAUUGAUUUUUCCUCUGUUCUUUUUUUUUUCCUGUUGGCUUCACUUUCAAAUAGUGUGAGUAACUAUAUUAGAGACACAUUUGCAUUUCAAGCAAAAAUCCUACUCAACAGUUUGGGGAUUAUCCAGCACAUAUUUGUAUUCACUCCAGUCGCUCCUGGUCCUGGCUGGCAGAGCCGACUAAGUUCACUAUCAUGGAUGUGAGGAUUCAGUGUUGUAGCGAUGGCAGU